AUGUACAAGAAACUAAGGAAACAGAGACCAUUGUUAACUCCUGAUGUUAUCAUUACAUCUGUAGGAACUGAAAUAGCUUAUGGUAACUCAAUGGUUCUUGAUGAUAAUUGGGUUGAAAUCAUGAACAAUAAAUGGAACCGAAGAAUCGUCGAAGAAGAAACUAAAAAGUUCCCUGAGUUAACUCUUCAGUCAGAAACUGAACAGAUGCCAUUCAAGGUUAGCUUUCAUGUUGACAAGAGUAAGGUUAAGGAAGUGACUAAGGAGUUAUAUCAACGGUUGGAGAAACGUGGGUUGGAAAUCAAAAUAAUUUUCAGUGGAGGAAUAGCUUUGGAUGUUUUACCACAAAGUGGAGGAAAAGGACAGGCUCUUGCUUAUCUGUUAAAGAAGUUAAAGAUUGAAGGAAAACUUCCAGUUAAUACUCUUGCUUGUGGAGAUUCCGGAAAUGACACUGAGCUAUUUACCAUUCCUAAUGUGUAUGGUGUAAUGGUAAGCAAUGCUCAAGAAGAGUUGUUGGAAUGGCAUGCUGAAAAUGCGAAAGACAAUUCGAACAUAAUCCACGCGAGUGAGAGGUGCGCGGGUGGGAUUAUACAAGCGAUUGGUCAUUUUAAACUCGGUCCAAACCUUUCUCCGAGAGAUGUUUCUGACUUCUUGAAAUGCAAAGCGGAUAAUGUGAAUCCCAGUCACGAGGCUGUGAAGUUUUUCUUGUUCUAUGAGAGAUGGAGAAGAGGUGAAGUUGAAAAAUGCGAGAUAUACACAACAAGUCUCAAAGCUUCAUGUCAUCCGGCUGGUGUCUUUGUUCAUCCAUCUGGUUCUGAAAAAUCUCUUAGAGAUACCAUUGAUGAGCUUGGGAAGUAUCAUGGAGACAAAAAAGACAAGAAGUUUCGGGUUUGGACAGAUCAAGUCUUAGCAACAGACACUACUCCUGGUACUUGGAUAGUAAAGCUUGAUAAAUGGGAACAAACUGGAGAUGAAAGGAAAUGCUGCACAACUACUGUCAAAUUCACAUCAAAGGAAAAUGAAGGAUUUGUGUGGGAAAAUGUGCAACAAACAUGGUCGGAGGAAUCAGAGGUUAAAGAUGAUAGUAACUGGAUCAUUUGA